AUGUCACAAAUCAAAUUCUCAGGUACUCUGAAAGAGCCCCAGGUCACAGAAAGCUCUGUUGCCUCUAGCCCUAGCCUUUCGGUUCAGGAUGAGAAACAGCUCGCAACUCCAUCUUCAGAUUCGAUCAACCUUGAGAGCCAAAUCCCCUCACCACCACCGUACCAUGUUUUCAGUCGGUCUCGCAAAUUGCAGAUGGUCUACAUUGUUUCCCUCGCCGCCAUCUUUUCCCCUCUAUCUUCUAAUAUCUAUUUCCCCGCCCUUGGACUUAUUUCGAAGGAGUUGAAUGUCUCUAUCUCUCUUACUACCCUGACCGUCACGGUUUAUAUGAUCGUUCAGGGCCUAGCACCUAGCUUCUGGGGCUCUUUUUCCGACGUCAUUGGCCGCCGUGUGAUCUUUAUCGGAACUUUUGUCGUUUACAUCAUUUCGAACAUUGCGCUUGGAGUCUCAAACAACUAUGGAGAGCUCAUGGCUUUCCGCGCUUUGCAAGCAGCCGGUAGCGCAGCAACUAUCUCAAUCGGUGCUGGCGUAAUCGGAGACAUUACCACAUCAGCUGAGAGAGGAAGCUUGGUUGGUGUCUUCGGCGGAGUCCGGAUGCUUGGUCAAGGAAUUGGUCCCGUCUUCGGAGGCAUUCUAUCUGAGUAUUUGGGCUAUAGGUCCAUAUUUUGGUUCCUUACUAUUCUAUCUGGAUUCAGUCUAUUCUCGAUUCUCUUCUUCCUCCCCGAAACCUUGCGUACCGUCGCCGGAAAUGGCACCGUCCCUCUUCAUGGAAUUUACAAACCCUGGAUUUAUUGUAUCACUGGCCAGGAGCAUGCUAAGAAAGGCGCCGUACCAUCGGCAGAAAAGAAAAAAAUUACGGUCAAGACUGUGGUAGCCCCUCUCGGCUUCUUGGGUGAGAAGGACGUCUUUAUUACAUUGUUCUUUGGUGCGAUCGUGUAUACGGUGUGGUCGAUGGUGACCUCGUCGACAUCGGAUCUGUUCGAAUCUAACUACGGUCUUAAUACACUGGAGGUUGGUCUUACAUUCUUGGGUAAUGGCUUUGGCUGCAUGUCUGGAUCGUACGCUAUCGGCUACCUGAUGGACUUCAAUCACAAGUGGACUGAGCGUGAAUACUGCGCUAAACACAACCUUCCUCUCAAUACACGCAUCACAUCCAAGUCUCAUCCUGACUUCCCAAUCGAAUACGCGCGCAUGCGCAACACCUGGUGGAUCACCGUCCUCUUCAUUGUGUGCACGGCCAUGUAUGGAGCAUCCCUUCGAACUCAUCUGGCGGUUCCCGUUAUUCUACAGUAUAUUAUUGCUUAUUGUGCCACUGCCAUCUUCACUAUCAACAGCGCUCUUGUCAUCGAUCUAUACCCUGGAGCUAGUGCCAGUGCGACGGCAGUCAACAAUCUAAUGCGGUGCUUGGUUGGUGCAGCUGGUGUCGCUGCUAUUCAGCCCAUGAUCGACGCUUUAACAGCACAGUGGGCUUUCUUGCUGCUGGCUGGUAUCACGCUGCUCAUGUUUCCCUUGCUAGCGGUUGAGAUGCGAUGGGGCGCAGGAUGGCGACAGGAACGCACAGAGCGCCUAAAAAGAAAAGCUGCUUCUACCUGA